CCGCGGCUUACAUCACUUCCUGUUCUUCACGCAGCUUUUCACAUACAUCGUUUGAAACGUGUUUCAGACGUUUUUGUUGUACAAAAUUGUUCGAUCUAUCUAAUUAAACAUGAGCAAAGCACACCCACCCGAGCUGAAAAAGUUUAUGGAUAAGAAACUUUCACUGAAACUGAACGGUGGCCGUCAUGUUCAGGGGAUCCUGCGAGGGUUUGAUCCGUUCAUGAAUCUGGUAGUGGAUGAUUCUAUUGAAAUGUCUCCAGGAGGACAGAUGAACACUAUUGGGAUGGUGGUGAUCAGAGGAAACAGUAUAAUCAUGUUGGAGGCUUUAGAACGAGUAUGAGUGAAGACGCCCACUUUCUUUUCCUGUUUUUUGAUGGUUUUCAUUAAAUCUUCACCCAGCAGAUGUCAGUGGGUUUCAACAAGAAGUCAUCUUUUUACACCAACUGCUGAAUAUUAAUUUGACAUCCUUUAGUUGUGUUGGGGAAGUUCUGUUUAAGAAAUGCCUGUUUUUUUGUUAUAUUUUCUAAUGUCUGUAGAAAUGUGUGUACACAAUUUAUUAAACUUUUUUUUUU